AUGACCCCGCUCGGGCCCCGGCCGAUUACGGACGGACAGUCAGGCCGCCGCGAUCCCGAUCCCAGCCCCGGCGCCACCGCACCCCGCCCCAAUUCCCUCUGUUUAUCCCUGCAUGCGCCUGUCCCGCGGCCGCGCGCGCCCGCCCCCCGCGCCUCCCCAUUGGCCGCCGCCGCUGUCACUCGUGAUCCCCGCGGCCCCUCAUUGGCCGCCGCCGCUGCCACUCAGGGCCCCCGCCCGCCCCGCCGCUCCCUCCGCCGGAACGAGCGAGCGGCGCUCCGGCCCCGGCGCCAGCGCGGCCGCGGCUCCCGCUGCCGGCGGGGCGGGGAGGGACGGAGGGCGGGCGGCUGCCGCGGCUCCUUCCGGAGCAGGCGAAGCUCUCCGCUGACAGGCAGCGCUGCCGCCCCUCGGUGCGCGCCCAGCCAGGCGGAUCGGCCUCCGGGGAGGCAGCGGCGCGGGGCGCCCCGGGCUCCUGCGCGGCGCCGCCCGGCCCGGCUCUCUCCCAGUCUCCUUCCCUGCCUCCCGCUCGCCGGUGGGCGCUCGCGGGGCUCGGCCCGGGGGUGCGGAGCCCCCUCCCCGCCGCCCCCGCUUCGAAAGCCGCCGUUCCCCGCCGCCUCCCCGGCCGCGGAGCCUCCUCCGGGCGUCCUCGCAGCAGCGACUGCCCAGGCCCAGCACGCCCCCCCCCCCCGACCCCCGCCACGUCCAGAGCGGCCUCGGGCCCCCCUGACACCCCUACAUGACGCGGCGCGGGGGCUUCUCCACGCCGAGCCCGGGGGUCCCCCCUCGCCGCGGUACCGCCGGAGCCCCCCCUCAGCGCACUCCUCCCGCAGCGCUGCCCCCCCACCCCCCGGGCAGAGCCCCCCGCUCCGGGCCGGGCGCCGGGGCCGCCCCUACCUGUGGCUGCAGCAUCCCCGUCCCCCCGCCGCCCUCGCUCCGCCGCCUGCCUGGCUCUUUGUUUCCUGCCGCGGGCCGGACGGGAGAGCGGCUCCCCCCCGCCUCCUCCUCACACUCAUUGAAAGCAAACAAGCAUCAUGGCGGCGCUGGCGGCGGCGGCGGCUGCGGGCGGGCCGGCCCCCCUCCUCCGCCUCCUCCUCCUCCUUCCUCUCCUCCUCCUCCUCUCCGCUCCGCUCUCCGCCCCACCUGCCCAGGCCGCCCGCACUGCGCGCACGCUCCGCGGCCGCGGAGGGAGGCCGGGGAGGGGGCGGCAGGGCCGGGGGGGCCGCGGGGGGAUGCGGAGGGAGGAGUUUGGAGCGCGUUUGGGGGUACGGCCGCAGGAAAAGUGGGUGA